CUACCCAUACCUCUCUUACUCCAGGACUAGCAAAGGAAAUGGCUGCCCUUCAGAAAUUUAAACUAGUCUUCCACGUCCCCCCAUCGUCCCUCGAGCCCGUCCAGAAAGCGAUCUUCGCUGCAGGUGCAGGCCGGUACCCAGGACCGGGCAACUACACCGAAUGCUGUUGGGUGACGUCGGGAACAGGUCAAUUCAGGCCGGGUGACGCAGCAAAUCCCGCCAUUGGGAAGGUGGGCGAGCUUGAGAAGAUCGAGGAGCUCAGGGUCGAGACGCUCUGUGUGGGAGUUGAUGUGGCGAGGAAAGCGGUUGAGGCGUUGAAGAAGGCGCAUCCAUAUGAGGAGCCGUCGUACGGGGUCAUUCGGCUGGAGGACUUUUAGCCCGAUGGGAUUCGAUAUACGGAUAUUGGUAGUUGGAAGGGGAGUGAACUGUGAAAUGAAUGGUAAUAGAAGUUAGGUACUGCACUACGACUUCUUUGGUAAUCUAGCCAGGUUACAGCCUCUCCUUCAAUGUAACUCUCUGCAGCAGAUUUCAAAG